GAGACCGCGUGUUUCAGGAAGUCGGGACGUGCAGUUUGAGAUGCUGGCGGUGCAGUGUUUGAAACAGCCUUGAGCGGGAUUUUAUGAGGCAGGAGCCGCUGACAUGCGUGUCUACAUUAUUGUCGCUGCUGUGUUUUGGUGUGGUUAUGUGGACUCGCGGAAAGUAAGAGGAAUAUCCUCGUCCUAUAAAAGGUUCUACAGAGAGAGGAAGUCGUUUCUGUGCAUAGAUGGGUCGAGAAUGAUCCCAUUUGAGCAGGUGAACGACGACUACUGCGACUGUGAAGAUGGCUCAGAUGAACCAGGCACUUCAGCCUGUCCUCGUGGCCGAUUCUACUGCACCAAUCUGGGUUUUCGCCCGCACUACAUCCCAUCAUCCAGAGUCAAUGAUGGUAUCUGUGAUUGCUGCGAUGCUUCCGAUGAAUACAACAGCCACGCUCGCUGCCAGAACACUUGCUGGAAUCUAGGACAGAGAGAGAGGGCGUACGUGGAGGGCCAGAUGAGGACCUUGGAUGAAGGUUUGCGACUCAAGCAGCAGCUGAUUGAGGAGGGAGUGCUGCUCUGGAGGGAGAAACAGGCCCAGCUCAGAGAGCUCCAGCAGGUGGCUGAAGACCUGCAGGUCAAGUUGGAGGAACACAGGAGGAAAAAACACGAAGCCGACCGACUCAAAGAGCAAACAUUAAAGGCACUGGAAGCAGGGGACGGUGGUCUCAUCAGACAUCAGAACAGCUCCGUUGCCAGCAUUUUCCAUUUAUUGGACAGCAAUAAAGAUGGCAGUUUGACAGUGGAUGAAAUCAAGGCUAAAGUGGUGCUUGUCCACGAUGAGCAGCGUGUUCUCUCUGAGGAUGAAGCACUGGCUUUGUUGGACAGAGGUCACAGGAUGGAUCUCUCCAAGUUUCAGAGCACACUCUGGGACGUCCUGACGAGAGGCGACACUGUCAAAAUCAAAGACACGCAGGGUGCUCCAGGCAGUCUUUCCAGUGAAGAUCCUCACUUAAAGGCAGCUGACAGAGCUGCAGAGUGGGAGGCGACCAAUCUGAAGAAAGUGGAAGAAGCUUAUGAGACAGUCAACAUGGAAAUAAGUGACUUGCAGAAGAAGUUGGCCAUAGACUACGGAACAGACUGGGAAUUUCUGUUUUUGAACGGCCAGUGUUACAAGCUGAAAGUAUAUGAGUAUACUUAUACCCUGUGCCCAUUCAAUCAAGUUACACAAAAGAGCACGGCAGGAGUAGAGGUCUCAUUAGGGAUGUGGGGGAUGUGGACAGGAAAGCCAAAGAACCACUACAGUCAGAUGGUCUAUGAGAAUGGAGAGCCCUGCUGGCAAGGAGGUUCACGCAGUACUACAGUCACACUGACAUGCGGAACGGAGACAGCCUUGCGAUCAGUGAAAGAGCCCAGCAAAUGCCAGUACAUCAUGGACUUUCAGACUCCUGUGGCCUGUCAGCCGGUGCUAAAGCAGCAGGGUAUACACAGUGAACUGUGACCCAUUCCCUUACUGGCCUAGCCCAGAAUAACUUGGACCCCGUCCUCUCUUCUGCUAGCCCGCGGUGACAGGCUGGGGUCCUGAGGGUCCCCUCUGACAUCUGUGUUGUCAGAACAUAUAUACUUCCAAGGCAGUCUGGCUAAGGUCAGAGUCUGGUUUUCAGUAACCACUUUAGUUUCCAUUGAUUGUUACAGUGCUGCUUUCUUGCUGUUACACUUUAAUAUCUAAAUGGAGCAUUUACUGAAUGAUUUAGUUAACGCAACGUGUUCAACAUUACUGUGUAUUCCCUGUAAGUGUUUGCACUCAAUGCUCAGCAAUAAGCAAUAUUACUGUGUAAAUAAUGGGAGAAAGUGAAACCCAAUCUAUUGUAGGGUCUAAACACAUUUCUGCUAAUGUAAUUGCCAUUUUAAAUAACUGCUCAGUAAUAUGCACAAAUAAAAGGACUGUGUCCUUGCUCUUCAUUAUAAUGACUGCCUUAUAAAAAUAGCCUUCCUUAACA